UCGUGACGUAUGUAACAGGGCGUGUUUAUUCGUUUUGGGGAGUUUUUAACUUCUAAAGUCUCUGUUAUUCACAUCGCAGUGUAACUUAUACUACAGAACUCAGAACUGGGGACCGUAUUGAUUAUAAAAGACGCGCAUAGGAAGUCUGAAGAAAAGUGGCUUAAACUUGACUGGUAUAUAAUGUUGUUAAACUCCAUCAGAAGCCAUUCUUCUCUCCUCCUCUGUAUAUCAGUACUUGUCACCAGUGCUUAUGGUGAUUGCGGGCCUCCUCCAGUCAAACCAAAAACACUUCCGAUCGAGGGGACAUCCUUUAAAACAGGAACAACAGUGGAUUAUUCUUGUAACAAUAAUUUGGGAUAUUAUGACAUCCCUGGAAUGAGCAGAACUAUAACAUGCCUGGAUAUAGACCAGUGGUCAGAUGUAUUAGAGUUUUGUCAACGUGCCUGCGGACCUCCUCCAAUACUUAAAGAAGCAACACUGAGACCAGAAUAUAUCAGCAAUAACUACUUUAUUGAGAAUGCUACAGUUCAAUAUGAAUGUCGGUUUGGUUUUGUUCCUAUUACUGACAGAAAAAACACUCUAACCUGCUUGACCAACUUGACGUGGUCAACACUGGAGGAAUUCUGUAAACGUAAGAAAGAUUUGGUUUCAUUUAUUUUUUUAGCUAUCAUCUUUAGCUGCAGUAGGUAACAGGA